AAAAACCCCAUACCCCCAUCUGUAUCAAAAAUAAACGAAGAAAAACAGUAACUGCCAUAUUUUUCAGGCAUAAGCACACAACAAUAAGCCAAGUUAAGAGAGCUCGCUAGCUACAAAUAAAUGCCUUUCAGUGGCCACAAUCACGUAUCUCGUCUGCUGACGAGAGUAGCUGUCCGUCUAGCUGCGGCUCUUUAACUUCCAUUGUUGUUGUUGUGUGUCUGAUGUGUGUUUUUUCAAGUUGUUUACCGAAAUUUUUGUUUUGUUAAAAUUUUGGCAAUUUUUGUUGUUGACGUUGUUGUUGGUGCUUUUGUACCCUUCUUACCUUGCUGACGGUUUUUAACUGGCAAGCAGGCACACUGCCUGUUGGGAUUGCUGGUUGGUAUACAUUUGUUGAUACUGCCCGCUGUUUCGUCGUGCGAUUUUUAUUUCGAAAAGAAAUCUCUCAAAAAGACAACAAAAAAGCUGGAAAUAGAAAAAAAACAACCAUUGAAAAGAAAACAUGAUUGAAAGCCCAAAACAACAUGGUUUUGUUUCCUAUAAAAAUGAAUUGUAACAAGAGGAAUAAUACGGGCUGACAGCAAGCAAAGAAAAUAUGAAAAAUCAAGGAAAAUGGAAUAGUAAAAUAUAUUAAAAAAAAAAAAACAAAAUUUGGAAAAAACAAAAGAAAAAAAUAGAGUGAUAAAAAAGGAAGCCAAUUGGAACUCUUUUAACCCGAAAUUCCAACUUUGAUAAUAUUUUGUGCAAGAUUUCAAAAAACAAAAAAAAAAAUAUCGAGUUACUUUAUCUAUAUUGUCCUGGAUUAAAUAUAUUUAAAGAGCUCGAAACUUAAGUCUUUUCGUUUGGCAAAUAAUCCUAAAGUGAAAGAAUCUCAACUGUUUUUGUAUUGAAAAAAAAAAUAGCCAUUCAUAAAUGGAGCCUAAAAAUGUGCUUAAACUCCCCAUAAUCAAUUUUGUGUGGUAACCAAACCACCUAAUACCCCUAAACCUACCAAACUGAAUGGCUUCAAAAUUCCAAGAAGUUUUUGCCACAUAAAAAACCCCAAAUAUUCUGUGAAACCAAAAGAGAGGCAAACACGCCAAGCUCCAAAAGGCCAUCAACAUGCUGGAUAAAACAAGCGAAUACUGUUCUUUGGAUUAUGAUGUACCGGUCACAAGACCUAUAAAAAUUAUCAAGAAACUUCAAGCCAAAGCUUUGUACGACAAUGCCGCUGACUCACCCGAUGAAUUGCCCUUCCGAAAGGGUGACAUACUGGAAGUUUUGGAACAGGACACCGAAGGUUUAACCGGUUGGUGGUUGUGCAGAUUACGCGGCCGUAAGGGUCUUUGUCCUGGCAAUCGUUUGAGAUUUGUAAAUUCAUAUGAUUCUGGAUGCUUCUCGCCAUCGCCCUCAUCGUCACCAUGCCCCUCGUUGGCUGCCAGUACGGCCACUUUAAAUAGCUCAAUAUGUUCGGCAGACAUUUAUGAAAACACAUCGAUAAUCAGCGGCUCAGGCAGUAGUGGCAUCAGCAGCAACAGCAGUGGCAGUGGCAAUGGCAGCAAUUGUGGCAUAAGCGUCAGUCAAACCCAACUAAAUACAACGUCUGCCACAACAAACAUGCUACAACAGCAACAACAGCAUCAACGACAUGGCACACGAAGGUCAUGGCAUGUGUCUCCCAACAAGGUUAUCACACCACAACGUCACGGUGAUGUCUACAUUUACAAUAUACCCCCACAGCAACAGCAACAUCAGGCUCAAUCACACAAUUCACAGCACCUUCUGUCGGCAGCUUUUGCUCAACAAGAACUGCAACAGCAACAAAUUUACCAAAAUCUUCCUGGCCACUCUGUAAGUCACGAAUUUGAGACCUACGAUAUACCCAAACCAGCCGUACCCAUCAAUUACGAUAUACCACGCUACAUAAAACGCAAUAUGGCUCAUUUACAUGCUGCUGCCAAGAAAGCAUGCUCCACACCCAUACCAGAUGAGAAUUACGAUGUGCCAAGACCUUUGAAUUCAUUGCUGCAACAUCAGCAUACAUUAACCCCAAGCAGUUCAAAUUCAUCACUGCUCACAAAUGAUAGUCUCUCACUUUCAUUCUCAUCAUCAAAUCGUUCAUCGCUGGCAAAUAUGCCGGAUUAUGAUAUACCACGUCGCAAUCCAUUGCCUGUGAGGGCAGUUUUGCAGCAACAGCAGCAGCAGCAGCAACAACAGCAGAGACCCUCAUCGAGAGCAUCUUCGGUGAAUGGCAAUUGUUCGACAUAUGAUUUUCCCAUACCCACAAAUGGCCUGGACAAAAAAGGCGCAGGUCAAGCUGUAGUAGCAACCAAAGAAUUACCGCUGGAACUGUCAUCGGCUCUGGAAACACUGGCCAAAUUGCAAUCGGAGACGACAAUGGCAAUAACGAGACUUUUGGCUUUUGUCUCUCCCGAAUGGCGUUGCCGCGAAAAGCUCGAGCCUGUUCUCAUGGAAGUCAAACUGGCUGCAGUGCGGCUGCGCACUGCCCUACACGAUCUGGCGGAGUUUGGCGAGGGAGCCUUGGGUAAUGCCUCUAAAUCGGAGGAUCGUACCCUGGCCACAAAACUAAAACCCAUUAUACGAGCUCUACGAGAUGCCAACAAUUUGGUGCAAGAUUCCUGUGAAGUCCUAGAGGCUAACGGAGGAUGGUCUAUGGAUCUGUUGGUGCGUGAUGAUGAUAAGAACACCUGCAAGUCACCCGAUAGCCUGGAUCGUCUCAUAGCCUGUGCUCAAACCCUAACCGAAGAUGUUCGCUCAACCACUUCGUUUAUACAAGGUAAUGCUUCCCUGCUCUUUAAGCGUCAGCUAAGCGAGGUCAUCGAGGAGUCAUCGGUGGCAGCAAAUCAAACCACGUCGGUGCCACAAACUCCCACAGCGGAGGAGGAACGAACCACCGCUGUCUUGUUGGAAGAUUAUGAUUAUGUGUCGUUUGAGUCCAAAGAUGCAGCGGCACGCAAAAAUUCCUUACUGCGAGAGGCCAUACCCGAGAAUAUGAAAAAUAAAUUCGAUACAGUGCUAAAGGUGGCUGAGAACACAGUUCUGACCACCGCCAGCAACAACAUGCCGGCCACACCCAAUGGCAAAAAGGUGGUAGUGGAAAUGAACGAAAAGGAUAAAAUGUUGGUGCGUUAUUACGCAGUACAGAUCACCACACACAUGGGUAAUUUGGGUCAAGCCAUAGACUCUUUUCUGGAAACGGUGAAAAAUAAUCAGCCACCGAAAUUCUUCAUAGCCUAUGGCAAGUUUGUGGUGGUCAGUGCCCAUAACUUGGUGACCAUAGGCGACAUUGUGCAUCGCAAUGUGUCCAAAGCCGAUUUAAAGGAGAAAAUUCUUAGAUGUUCCAACAAUUUAGCUGAAGCUUUGAAAACCUGUGUUCUUAAGUCCAAACAAGCUGCAGCCUAUUUCCCUAGUGUUACAGCGGUGCAGGAAAUGGUGGAUUCGGUGGUGGACAUCAGCCACUUGGCUUGUGCUCUGAAGACAGUGAUGUUGCAUGCCCAUCAAUUGACAAUGUAAGCAUGAGGCAAAGGGGAAAAAAGUAAGAAUGAAAGAGAACGAGAAAAAAGGCUUCAAAAGUCUUCCAUACAUAUGAAUUAUAGAACUUUUUUAGGAAAAAAGCUUUUGGCAACGAACAAGUUAAUGUUAAACCCCCACAAUCCCUGCGAACAACUAAAUCAAAAGCUGUUGCAAACAAGCUUGCAAGGCCCAUUAACAAUUCUAAGCUUUUGCCGGAAUAGCUGGAAAAGGUUUGUAGAUUUGUUUUACAGCUUAAGUUUAGUUAAAGCUUUCGGCUUGCAAUGAAUUUUCAGAGGCUUAACUAAAAGCUUACUCUAAACUUGA